AUGGAGGACGGCGAUCUGGAUAGAUUUGUAGAGCGCUGCGCCGCCCUGCUUACGUCAGAGAGUCCAGAAGAGAUUCUGAGCGGUGCUCGAUUGCUGAAGAACGCACUUGAAAGCGCAGGUGAAACGGACAGCUACUCUGGGAAACUGCAAGAGCUGGCUGCAUUUGAUGGAGGGUUUGUUUUGCUGGUGGUUUUGGGAAGGGUUCUGCAUGCACCUAGCAGGCGCCCAGGCAUGCAGACGUACUCAGUGGUCCAGGAUUACGAAGAAACGGUCUCCUCUGACGAGGAUAAGCAAGAAUCAAAUGCUAGCGACCCUCUUAAAUUCGCCAGCACUGGGGCUCUCUUGAGGCUGACAGACAGCAAAGUGGUUGUCGAUUUCUUGCUGAAGGAUGGGGCAGUCGCUAGAGCUUUAGCAGAGGAGUUCACCCUCGAUUUGACAAUGGGCCUUCAGAGUCUCUUCUAUGAAGACCAAGCAGAAGUCUCUGGUGUUGAAACAGCCUUCGUGCGCUUUGGGGUAGACGGCUUGGCCAAUCUAGCCAGGACCUCGAAGCUGUUCCGAGACGCUCUGAAGACGGACAGCCAGGUCUGGGCUCUAGAGAAAGGCUUGCUUGACAUCAUCUGCACGGUCUUUGGGAGUACGCACAGGCGUGAGAUAGCCAGCUCGCUUGUUGCCGAUGACGACAGUCGGCGGCUCAAAUGUCCAGCACGCAAAUGCAACCUGGUGCUGGUGCGCUUGAUAGAGACAGAGGAAGCUUUGAAGAAGCUGCAACAGCUCGACGCUGUCUCCCGUCUCAAAGUCCACAAGGCCAUCAUCAACGCGGCGUCACCAUAG